CAUAUGAAACCCCAUACUUCGCGUAAUUCCUGAGUGUCAAGUUCUUUCAACCUUCGGGUAAGGUAGUAUGUGAUGCCUAUAUUGUCGGCAUACAGCAUCAAAUAUUGUAAGGCCACAUGAACAGAGAAGAAGGACGGUGAUAAAAACAGUCGUAGGAGAAGGGCAUGGGACAUUGUCUGACAGGGCUGGUCGCCGUCUAGGACGGUGAGCAGUGCCAGAGAACCUGAUCCUAAGCUGCCUAGUUCCCACGGCUGCUAUAUGAAUCUUUGUUACACGUUGACAACUUUGGUCACUCUUGACUAACGCUUUACUUUCAAUAUGUUCUGGCCACUGCUCGCUCUCUCACUUUUGCCCUUAUCAUUAGCGGCACAGAAAUCAGUGCACGAGCAGCUGGUGGACCUUGCAGCAGCUGGAAAUGGACUCAUACAGCUCAAUGAACAGACUUAUGAUUUACUUGCCUCCCCGAUGCGUGACUGGUCGGCUGCUGUGCACUUCACUGCGCUCCAUCCCCAGCGGCGCUGUGCUCCUUGCAAAGAAUUUGAGCCAGCAUUCACUGCUGUAGCUAAAGCAUGGGCGAAUGCUCCGAAAGACCAGCGGGACAAGCACUUCUUCGCUACUCUUGACUUUGAUGAUGGCCCCGCCGUCUUCCAAAAGCUCGGCAUGUCUUCUGCGCCAGGUGUUCAUGUAUAUCCCCCGACUGAUGGACCAAACGCGUCUGCAAAGAAAGCCCCCUUCAAAUACGAUUUCCAAAAUGGUUUCGAAGCUGGACCCCUCGCUGAGCAACUCUCUGUUCACACCCCAAUCCCUAUCCCAUAUAAGGCUCCCUUUAACUGGGCGCGCGCGGGCAGCAUCGUCUCACUCAUCCCAAUCAUUACCCUUGUCUUUCGCUUUAUCAAACCAGCACUGCAAAACCGCUGGGUCUGGGCUGCUGGCACGAUCGCUACUUCCCUAGUCAUGACCUCUGGCUACAUGUUCACUCGCAUCAGAGGGGCACCUUAUACUGGCCCUAACGGCGCUUGGAUCGCUCAAGGCUAUCAAAAUCAGUAUGGACAAGAAGUUCAAGUCGUCGCCAUGGUUUAUGGAAUCUUGGCUGGAUCUUUCUUGAUGCUGACUGUCGUCACACCGCGCCAACUGUCGCCUACCCGUCAAAGAACUCAGGUAUAUCUCUGGACUACAGUAAACUUCCUCGUGUUCAGCAUUUUAGUAUCACUUUUCCGUGUUAAAAACCCAGGCUAUCCAUUCAAGCUCAUUCUAUAGAAUCAUGUAGUCCAUUUCGCAAAUUAAUGGCAGCCACGCAUGCACUUGAAUUAUAAAAAGCAAAUAAACAUGUACAUGCAUGA